GAGCUCUUUCUUUUGGAUUAAUGGCUGGAAGCUGUGCUUCUGCUGCAAAUCCAAAUAUAUAUGGAAUGAACUGCUCACAGUGGUUUCAAGUUGAAUACAUUUUAUUUGGCCCAUGAUCCUGGCAUAACAGAAAUCCCGAACUUGAAUUUUGUGGACUUCAUUUUCCAGAUUCUCUAGACAUUUCUUAUUAAAGGAUACUGAGAGUUGUACUAAAAAAAAAAGAGAUGCUUUCCAAGCUCCAACCACAAAGCCUUCCUUGUACACAUCUUCUUUUUUAUUUUAAUACAAGGGCCAGAUACAACGGUGGAGAGUCCAUCUUGCAUCUUCCCCUUCAUCUUCAAGAGCAUGUCCUAUAGCACAUGCACAAGCGAGGGCAUGAGAGAUGGGAAACUGUGGUGUGCCACCACCAGCAACUAUGAUGUGGAUAAAAAAUGGGUGUACUGCAAUGACACAGGUCCAGAUCCAAAUGCAGAUGGUCCAUCUUGCAUGUUCCCUUUCAUCUUCAACAGCACCUCUUAUGAUGGAUGUACAACAGAUGGCAUGCCUGAUGGGAAAUUCUGGUGUGCCACCAGCAGCAACUAUGACGUGGAUAAAAAAUGGAUGUAUUGUAAUAUCCCAGGACCUGCUGGGAAUGUGGAGAGCCCACCUUGUUUCUUCCCGUUCAUCUAUGAAGGCAGCACUUACACAAAGUGCACCACAGAAGGUCACAGGAAUGGAAAGUUAUGGUGUGCUACCAGUAGCAACUAUGAUGUUGACAAGAAAUGGAGGUUCUGCCAGGAAGAUUCAGAGCCAGAUCAAAAAGUGGAGAGUACUUCUUGCACCUUUCCAUUCAUCUUCAGAGACAAAUCCUACAAUGAAUGCACCACUGAUGGCCUGAGUGAUGGGAAAUUCUGGUGUGCCACCACCAGCAACUAUGACAUAGAUGAGAAAUGGGUAUACUGUAAUGUCACAAGUAUCAAGCAAGUAGGAUAAAUGUUGGCGUUGCUUUAGGAGGAAGGAGUCUAUCUCUAACAAAUAAAGUAACUUUGGAGAGUAGCAGUAUGAAGAGCUCUUUCCACAAUUUAUGAUUCAUCCUAGUCCAUAACAAUAUUUAUAUAUGGCCAUUCUACCCUUCUGUUUCUCUUUAAUUGUGUAUGCUGUAAUCAAUAUCUACCACCAUUGCUAAUGGUUAAUGGGAUGUUCCCAAGUUAUGCAUUCCUUCUUUCCCAUUCAUUUCCUGUUGAUGUGGUCUGGAGUUUGAGAGACCACCCAUAUUUCACAAUUAUAGUAUCUUGAGAUAACUUUAACUGUUAUGGAUCCAUCCUUCGGAAUCCUGGGAUUUGUAGUUUGUUAUGUGAUGUCAAACUGCUAUGGAUACAGAUAUUCCCCUUGGAUGGUAAAAAACUAUAUUUGGAUGUUGUUUAAAAUUGAUUUCUGGGUAAAAGUGAUGUUUUGAUAUUGCAGAUUUUUUUUCUUAUAAAGUUUACAACCAUAGCUCAUUUUCUUUCUCAAGUAAGGGAAAGGAACGGAAAUAAGAUUUCACAACUGGAGAGAUUAUGUGUGUCUGUGUAUAUAGGGAGAGGCAGGGCAUUGUACAAACAUUGUGAAAGUUCUUCUUAUCCUUAGAAGGUCUUGCAGAAUGAUUCAGGACCUCUUGCAUUCUUAUCAUCCAUCUCUCUAUUACCUGCUGUGUUGAGCCUUCUCUAGUCUUGUGGAUAUUAUUGGAUGAUGAUCUCUUUAUGCUUUUAAAAUGCCAUUGGAUAUUGCAAUGCAAAACAACUGUUGUGACUGAAGAUGUACUUAAUAGUAUAAUCUGUUGCUAUGGAUGGAAGUUUUGUGAAUAAUUUUGUUACGUGCUAUGAUUGAAAUAUUAACUUUGAACUUCCCUGCAUGGAUUUUAAAAAAUAAGAUGUCAGAAAUAAAAAAUAAACUACUUCUCUUA